ACUGGCUUCCGUGGCCCCUCCAUGUUCAGGGCCUGCGUGGCAGCUGUGGAAGUAGCCCUGUGGACGUGGGUCACACCACCGGUUGCCACCACUUGUCUAUUCAUUAUUCCCUUUAUGAUGUGCCGACACACAGCCCCCUAUCCAGGUGCGGUCCCAGAGAUGGGCGGUCACACUGUGCACGGACCACAUGCCAUGCGUGUCUUAGCUCUGUGGCUCUGAGUGCAGCAUUCAGGGACCCUUCACGGGAGCAUGACCACUUAGAGAUUUGUGUGUAAAACAGAUACACACAAUCACGUAUCUAGGUACAUAUAUGCCACACAUACACAUUUAUAUACACACACAUCUUAACAUGCAUGCACCCCCACACACAUAUACGGGUUUAUCACAAGGACUUGCCUUACAGAAUGAUAGGGGCUGACUAAGCAAAUCCCAUACCUGUAGGGCAGACCGUCAGGAAGGGUAGAUCAGGAGCAGGGUGGAACCCCUCGGGCAUGGUUGAAGUUGUCGUCCACAGCCAGGGGUCAAUACGCCCUCCACCUUUCUCUGUUUCUCUCUCAGGAAAGCUGCAGCUCUCCCCAGAGGACUCUCAACUGAUUAAGCCAGGCCCACCCAGCGUAAUCUCCCUAAUUUAAAUCAGCUAAUUAGGGAUUUUAGUUAUAUCUGCAGAAUCCCUCCAUGGCAGUAGCAAAAUGACAAUUUGAUUCGAUCAUGGAGGACUAGAGCUCAGACUAACCACGUGGACACAUCAAAAAGCCAGGAAACAGUAACCCAGCCUAGUGAGGAGACAAGACUCACUACCACCCCGUCGCUGUCCCAGGCAGGCUGAAGCAGGCUCACGUCACUUGCAGUAACUAAGGAAAUACACAGAAAAGAUGCAAUAGAUCUUUGUAUUAAAGGAGAGCAUGUCUCUUUCUUACACUAUCAAUAUAUCAGUAAAACUACCUAAAAUAUCAGUAAGACUACCUAAAAAUAAAGAACUAUCAUCAAAGGAAAUAACAAACUGGGAAUAACUAUUGGUCCUGAUGCUACACAUGCAAGGUUAAGAUCUUUAAUAUAUAAAGAAAUUCUAUUAAGUCUGUAAAAGUUUUAACUAACAGGCAAAUGGCAGAGGAUGUCAUUAGGUAGUUUGUAGUAAAGCAGAUACAAAUAGGAGAAACGUAGGAAAACAUAAAAAUAGGAAGAGCUGCUCCAUUCCAUAAUAAGAGAGAUGCAAGUGAAAACUAGGUGCGCUGUUAUGUCCACCUGUGAAGUGGACCCAAGUAAAAAGCAACAGGAUGUGCAGCAAGGGUGUGGUGAGUAAGUCCUCCCACGCUUUGCUGGAGAAGUGUGAGAUGAUGCAGCCUCGGAAGAAGGCAAGUUCACAGCAUCCAUCCAAAGUAAACUUCUCAACUGCAAUUUCGUUUCUAGUCCUCCACAUCCACAGGGAGCCGGCCUGAGAACUCCGUGACCUUCAAUCCUUACGAGCCAGACCGGGGGCCCUGGCCCACGGACAGAGAUGCCCAGAGAGAAGCCAUGCCCAUGGACACCGAAGUGUACGAAAGCCCCUACGCUGACCCGGAGGAGAUCAGGCCCAAGGAGGUCUACCUAGACCGCAAGCUGCUGACCCUGGAGGACAAUGAGCUGGGCUCUGGCAACUUCGGGACCGUGAAGAAGGGCUACUACCAGAUGAAAAAAGUUGUGAAGACAGUGGCUGUGAAGAUUCUGAAGAACGAGGCUAAUGACCCGGCUCUUAAAGAUGAGUUAUUAGCAGAAGCGAACGUCAUGCAGCAGCUCGAUAACCCUUACAUCGUGCGCAUGAUCGGGAUAUGUGAAGCCGAGUCCUGGAUGCUGGUUAUGGAAAUGGCAGAACUGGGUCCACUCAAUAAAUAUUUACAGCAGAACAGGCACGUUAAGGAUAAGAACAUCAUAGAGCUGGUUCAUCAGGUUUCUAUGGGAAUGAAAUAUCUGGAGGAGUGCAAUUUUGUGCACAGAGAUCUGGCUGCAAGAAAUGUAUUGCUGGUCACUCAACAUUAUGCCAAGAUUAGUGAUUUCGGACUUUCCAAAGCACUUCGUGCUGACGAAAACUACUAUAAGGCCCAGACCCACGGGAAGUGGCCGGUGAAGUGGUACGCUCCAGAGUGCAUCAACUACUACAAGUUCUCCAGCAAGAGCGACGUCUGGAGCUUUGGGGUGUUGAUGUGGGAGGCGUUCUCCUACGGGCAGAAGCCCUAUCGGGGCAUGAAAGGCAGUGAAGUUUCGGCUAUGCUGGAGAAAGGAGAGAGGAUGGGGUGCCCCACCGGGUGUCCAAGGGAGAUGUACGAGCUGAUGAAGCUGUGCUGGACGUAUGAGGUGGAGAAGAGACCCGGCUUCGAAAACGUGGAGCUGCGGCUGCGCAACUACUACUACGACGUGGUGAACUAAGGGCCCCACGCCCUGCGCCGCUGCCGGGGGCAGGGGAGCGGUCACAGCAGAGCCCGCCCAACGCAGGGAUUUCGAGAGCGUCCACCUCUCUCUCUGCCGUCGGGAGAGGCCAGCCUCGUGCGGGACACGACCGUCGUCCCCAAAGCCUGCCCCGGAGCACGCCCUCCGCAGAGCACACCCUCCCCGAGGAGCCCGGGAAGAAAGACGGCAGGACCGGAGGGGGCCCGUGGAUUCCUUUGUGUUUCUCGCCUGUGCGGUUUGCAGGACAGGUUCCAACGAGGAUCCAUGUGGGCAUCCGAAUCU